AUGGCCAGCAGCGGCCAGCAGUCCAGAGCAGGCAGUCGAGAUGUGCCACUCAACAUCGCCAUUUGCAUCGACAUGGAGCCCAAAUUUGGUCCAGUACUGCUUCCGUUGACCAUUGAGACGCCGCCCAUGCAGCUUCGUUUUUUGAAGAUUCUUGGCGACGUGCUUGAAGCAUGCCGACAUGGAGCCGUAUGUCGGGAGAACGACCGGAUCAGCUUCAAGCAAGCCGUCGACAAAGCACGAACCAUCUCAGCAAACUCCGUGUUCAAUUCCAAAAUCAGGCGCGGCUUCACCACUCCUACCGGGCCACGGCUUGCGCCAACGGAGUUGCAGGAGAGGCAGGAUCACAAGAUGCCGCCGCCACGGACGAAGAGCCUCCAUGGCCCGGCACACAUGCUCACCCAGAUCGGGGGAAAUAUUGAGAUGAAUCCCAUUGCCGAAAGCUCGGAGGAGGAUUCCCUGGAGUCGUCGAACGAGAAGCCGCCAGUGCGAGCAGUCACUGUUGGCCAUCUGGCGCCUCCCGAAGACAAGCAGGUCCAUCGCCCUCGUAGCUUGGGGGACUUGCCGGCCUUCGACUUGGCAGAGCAGGAGCGGUCGGACGACGAAAACAGCCCGCGGCUUUCAUUACCUGGUGAUGCUUCCAGUGAUGAGGAGAGUGGAUCCCCGUUGUGGAACUAUGCGGCAGCAUGGCUGAAUGGCUCACAGAAACAGGGCUUGAAGCUUGUGAGGGUGCAAACCAUGUCCUUCCCACGCGUCGCCUUUGCUGCCGCGCUCUUUGGGGUCAGUGUUCUAAGCUACGGCCCCUGCGAUAGUCAGGAGGAGGAUGACGAUUCGGCGAUGCUCAUGCACUCAGCGCACAUCCGAAAUUCGAGCAUCUCUUGUAACACGGUUCGGAUGUAUCGACACUGCGUACGAUCAACGACUACGAAGGUGAAGGGGGCUAGUCGCGACCAUGAUGACCUCGCACACUACACAGACUUGCCGCUACCUGAUUGGAACACGCCGAUGAAGUGGUGCACCGACCAGGGUUCUGCACUUAUCAAAAGUGAAGGAAAGAAGCUGAGGCAGCGAGAGCCCAAGAUGGAUCUGUCGAGGCUGAAGGUAGUCGUGGAUACGGAUCAGCGUGACGCUAUCACUGCAAACUCCCUACUGCAGGGGCUUGCUGGUCAGGGUGAAAUCUUUGCAGCGCGGGUGGAAUAUUUCCCCGUGCUCUUCAAUGCCUUCAAACCUGGGGCUGGCGCGUCCGUUUGCAAAUCUCCAAGCCAGCAGCUCAUGACAGCACAGAAACAGCAGCGACUGGACACGACACCGAUGCCCAUGGGUGUCGGUCUUGCCCACGACAUGAACCAGACAAGGUACAACGAGGUGUUGGAGCUUUUCGAGACCUUAUUCGGAGUUGGUGCUGCAGGCUCUCUAAAGCAGAUGGCCAAUCCACCCGUUAUCGACAACCAGACAGGACAGCUGAAAGGGGCUCCUGUCGUGCUGAAGCUUCUUGCAACGAACUUGAUUUUUGCUUACGCCUCUAACAUCACCAUCGCAACCCAUGUGCCGGCAAGCCGGGAUCAGAUCUUCGAGCUCAGCGCCUGGAUCCAUUGGCAGCGUCGGAUCGCACAAGUACCGGCCCUUCUUGUGCCAAAGAAGGCUUGUGGUGCCCUUUCUAUCAUUGCCAUGCUUCUAGGCAAACCCAGGCAGAAACAUGCUAUUUACGUGGGGCAUGACAGCGAUCUUGAUGCCUUGGCACAUUUUUUUCAGAUUACAUGGAAAGCGCCUCCUUUUCCCGCAUGGAAACCGACACCUCCGGGGUCAUCACUGCGCUUCACAUCCUUAGGUGACAGCACAGCCUUGGUGCAUUUCACAUACCAGGUCUUCGACUCCUCAGACGACCCUGAUGUUAAGGUCGUGCCCACCUUGCCUGGCCGGGUGAGUUUGUUUGAAGUCAAAGCCUUCAUCGAGACGCAAAUCACGGAGUUUGCAGGUGAAGAGUGCUUGAAAGUUUGCACCUCUCUGAGUGCGAACAUGUGA